AUGAUUAAAUAUUAAAUACUUGAAAAUGAGCAUUAAAUCAAAUGUUCAAAAAAUCAUAACCAACCGAUUUAGAUGGUUCUAUUUGAUGAGUAAUUAUCAAAUGCUGAUCGACUUUUAUGCAAUGAGUGCAUGAAUCACUUUGAGGGGAAUGUAAAAAUAGUUGGGUUUCAAAAAGUCCUGUCAACCAUAGAGAAUGACCAAAAACGAAAGUUUGAAAGUGUUGAAAUCUAAAUAAUGGAAUCAAAGUAAAUUCUUCAGGUAUUUGGAACAAAGGCCUAGAAUCUCAAAACAAAAAUCCUUUCAUAAUUUGAUUAAUUAUUAGGGAUUGUAUAACAAUGGUAAAAUUAAUUAGAUUAAGUCUUGCGAAGCACUUUUACUUACAGCUUUUUUGAAGAGUUGGACAAUCUAAUAAAGAACAAGGAGUCUAAAUUUAUAACACAUGAUAAUUUAAUAAAAAAUAAUUAAUCUUUUUAAUAGAAAAUGGUAUCCUUUAUAGAUUAACUUAUGAAUUAACAAUUAUAAAAUGAAGUUUAAGACUUAAAAAGAGCUUUCAAAGUAAUUGAGAAAUAGGAAUCUACUAAAAAUUAUUUUAGUAAAGAAGAGCACAAUCCGAAUAUAAUAAAUUAAAUUCAAAAUUUUGAAAUAAAAUUAAUUGAUGAUUCGAUGCUAUAACCAGGAUAUUGUAGAGCAAUCUCAUUUAAUAAUUCUGAUCAAAUCAUGAUAUCCACAUGUAAUUCUGAAAUAAGAGUAUUCAGAUUUGAAAAUAGUAAAAUUAAAGAGUUAUGUAAAUUGGAAGAUCACUCUCUGAGUGUUAACGUAUUAAUUUUUAGUAAAUUUUCUAAUUCCUUUAUAUCAGGUUCAGCAGAUUGCUCCAUUCGAUGUUGGUAAUAAUAGGAGUAAAAUUAGUGGAUAUCUUCAAAACCAUAUAUCGAACAUUCUAAACCUAUAUACUGUAUUAUUUUAAAUUAGAAAGAAAAUUUAUUAUUUUCAGCAGGAAAUGAUAAAAUAAUAAUGAUUUGGGAGUUGAGUUUCAUCAAAAAUGUGUUGAAGUAUAAAGCCUAAUUAAAUAUGCAUUAAGAAGAAAUAUAUGGAUUAAGUUUAAAUGAUUCUGAAACUUUGUUGGUAUCUUGUGGAAAAGACAAAAGAAUUAUUAUUUGGAAAAAAGAAGGGGAUGAUUGGAUUUUCAAUCACAUUGUUAAUUAAUCCAUUAAUGAAUUUGGGCAAAGAAUUAAAUUUUUGAGAGAUGACUUAUUUCUGUGGGUUGCAGCUAACUCUGGUGUGUCUGUUUUUGAACUUUAGAAUGGUGUUUUCCAAGAGAAUAAAGAUAAAGAGGUAGAAUUAUGCUUAAAUGUUAAUGCUGACUGUUAUCUUUUUCCAAUUCUGUGCAAUCCAAAUAAAAAUUUAAUCAUAAUUAGACACAAAUGUUGCAUAUACAUUAUUAAAGAGACUUUAGAUCACAAGUUCCAAAUAGUAAGAACUAUUGAGUGUUUAUGGAAUAAAAGUUUAGGUACGAUUACGAAUGAUGGAUAAUUCUUAGUGUUUUGGGAUUGUGCAAAAUUUGAGAAAAAUGAAAGCUCUAAUGGAAGAUAUUACAUAUAUAGACUUUAGGAUAAUUGA